UUUAAAGUGAAAAAUGAAAAAAGAAUGCAUUUUAAAAAAUAUAUCUCUAAGAAUAACGCUUUCUUUAAAGAAUUUGACCCCAAAAGAAGUUUCAGUUUCCCUUGCAUACAAAGAAUCAAGUGAAUAAAUUUAUAAAAUAUUGAAUCAAUCCCUGAAAAUGAAAAAGGCUGAUGAAAACUGGAUAACAUCAUUUUAUGCUAAAUUUGAUUUUCACAAAGAUCAAAGUUAUAGAAUAGAUGUAAAUCUUGAUAAUAAACCUUCUAUUGGAUCAAUAUAGGUAAUAAUUUAGUGAAUAUUUAGUUUUAAUUAGGGGAGUUAUUAUAGAAAGGAACAUAAAUAAGAGAAAAUAAUUAUUACUCAAUAAAAACAGAAUUAUUAUUGAUUUAGUAAGGAAAUUUAGUAUUACAGCAUUGGGCAGGAAUGAAACUCUUAAAUACAGAUGGAUUGUUUAGUCGUUCAGAUCCAUUUUUAUAAUUUUAUUAAUGGGAUGGAGAAUAAUGGAAUUAAAUCCAUUAAACAGAAUUUGUAGAAUGUAAUUUAAAUCCUACAUGGAUACCAUUUUAAAUAGAUAUGGGUUUAAUGAAUUUUGAAGAUGAAUUAAAAAAUUUUAAGAUAGAAUGCUGGGAUCACUCUAAAAAAAAUCCUCCUAAACAUAAAUUUAUAGGAAGUUUAGAAAUUUCUUUUUCUGAAAUUAUGGCAUCCUAAUCGAAAAUAUUUAAAUUAUAAAACCCAAAUCAUGUAUUAUAUAUUUUACUAUAAUAAAAUAGGAAUAAUGUGGUUCAUUAAAAUUACUUUCUUUAUAAAUAAAUACUAAUAAAAAUUUUAUAAGUUAACUUUAAAGAACUUAAAUAUAAACACAAAUCUUUUUUGAAUUCACUUUAAAUUCAAUGAACUUGCAUUAGAUAUCUCACAAAUAAUUAAACUUUUUUUAAUAGUUCUUAAUUACAAUUGGAUCAUAGUUAUUUUAAUAUAAUCAAUAACAUUCUGGGAGAUUAUUUGGUUUUGGUGGAAACUAUCAGAAUUUAAACAAAGACUAGUAAAAAAUAUAAAAUAAAUUUUUAGUUUUGAAAUAUCUAAUGGUUCAAAUGGAAUUCAAGGUAUUUGUACUGAUUAUUGUAAAUGCAUUAAAGAUGUUGCAUUCGAAAAUAAAAUUUAAGUUACACCAGCUUUAUUUGAAAUAGUCAAAUAAUCAGAAUUAUUCAAGCCUAAUUUUACUGUUGGUUUAUUGUUAAUUUUAGACGAAAUUGCAGAUGAAGAAAAGCUAAACUAAUUUGUUAAUCAUUGUAAUAAUUCUUUUUUAUUAUCUUAGAACUUAUUUUACCAACAAUUAUGAUAUUUAUUACACUUAAAGAGAAUGCUGUCUAGUUGUCUAAAAUUAUAAAUAGUUAAGUUAACUAAAAUAAAAUUAGACUUUGUUCUUUAAAAGAAAAUGAUAGCAAAAGUAUGUAAGUAUUAAAAGAGGAUAUAUUUCAAAUAAUAGAACAUGAAAUGAAAUCAUUCUAUAAGUUGAAUUUUUGA